GUCAGCGAAAAGUGUGUGCUCGGUUAUUAGUGGAAAGUUUUCGCGGAGUUGUCACUUUUACCAAGUGGGUAGCCUUCGUCAUCGCAGUCAACAGCGAGCGUAUAGUUGUUCGGUUUAGCAAAGUGAACCAUCUUCGUAUUAUUUAGCUUGAGAGCACGUCGCGGGUGAUUUGUUCUCGAAGCAGACAUCUCUGGAAGGUCGAAGAAGGAAGUCCGAGUAGAAGUUUUGUGGUGUGUAUUCCAAUCGAUAGACCGAGCGUCUGCCAAAGCAAUUGUGUGUUUUGAUACGAUCUCCGGUGUGCCAUAAAACAAGAGUGACUUUGUUGUCGUCAAGAGCAAGCACGCAAUAUUGCAUUAUAUAGUUGGUGCUGGCGUGUGUCGUGGGUCACACACAAUUUUCGACGCCAAGUGAAGUGAAGUGAGUCACUCUAGCUCCAAUAUAGUAUUAUUUUCUAUCGCCGAACCCGACGUUUUAUGGUUGAACGACGACGAACGUCGCUGUCUGUGAAAAGUGCGAACUGAAGAGGCGUCAAAAUCGAUAAAUUUUUCGUCUCAAUUUUUGUGCAAGGACGUCAAACCAAGGAGCAACAAUGAACGACUACAACUCGAGGAAGCGAUUUGCGUUCGAUAUCGAUAUGGAAAUGGAAACGGAGGCAUCCAAGCUGAUGCUGGUUCAGGGUAAUGAAUCACCCGGUAUUCACACGGCCAACAGUGUCGGAGCAGGAGGUGGCGGCGGUGUGGGAACGCUCGGAGCUGGGCUCAGUUUGUCGCAGGAGAAUCUCGCCGGUGGACUGCCGAAUGAAAUCUCGGCACCGUACGAAGUGCCACAGUUUCCGAUCGAGCAGAUUGAGAAUAAGCUGCAGCUGCAGCGGCAGCUGAACGCCAAGGUCAUGGAGCAGGACCGCCACUCGGUCGCAGCCGAGAUCCAUCCGGACGAGCAUAUUCCGUUCGACGAGCACGACUUCGUUGCGCACUUCCAGCGGGUUUCCAUCUCCGGCGAGGACACCAGCGGCGUCCCGUUGGACGAUCUGGAGCGCGCUUCGACGCUGCUGGUCAAAGCCCUGGAGCUGCGGGAAAAGUACAUGCGCAACUCGUACCAGAGCUUCCCGCCGACGACGGGCCGGUUUCUCAAGUCAACCCGGCCGGAGAAGUAUGCCCACCAGGAGAAGAAAUCCAUCGCAGACCAUCCAGUCAAUCCGCCGAAGAGCACCGAAUCGCCGUGGCUGAUUAACUUCCCGGACGAUCGCAACUACACCAUCCGCUCGAACCGUGGCGUCUUCGAGGUUUUCCGCGAUGCGGAAGCCAAAGACCAGCUCCCCUUCGAGUACACCAAACUGCCGGAGUUUGUCCAGGACAUGCAGAUGAUGUGCUCGAUGAUUGCGGACGGGCCGCUGAAGUCGUUCUGCUACCGUCGCCUCAGUUACCUUUACUCCAAGUUCCAGCUGCACGUGCUGUUGAACGAGCUGCGGGAGUUGGCCUCGCAGAAGGCCGUCCCGCACAGGGAUUUCUACAACAUCCGCAAGGUGGACACGCACAUUCACGCCGCCAGCUGCAUGAACCAGAAGCAUUUGCUACGCUUCAUCAAGAAAACGCUGAAGAAAAAUGCCGACGAGGUCGUUACGGUGACCAAGGGGCAACAGAUGACCCUUUCGCAGGUGUUUCAGUCCAUGAACCUGACCACGUACGAUCUGACGGUCGACAUGUUGGAUGUGCAUGCCGACCGAAAUACGUUCCACCGGUUCGACAAGUUCAACGCCAAGUACAAUCCGAUCGGUGAAUCUCGACUGAGGGAGGUGUUUCUCAAGACGGACAACUAUCUGAAUGGGAAGUACUUUGCCAACAUCAUCAAGGAGGUGGCCAGCGACUUUGAGGAAAGCAAGUACCAGAACGCCGAACUGCGCCUUUCGAUCUACGGCAAGUCGCCGGACGAGUGGUACAAACUGGCCAAGUGGGCCAUCGACGGAAACGUGUACUCAAACAACAUCCGCUGGUUGAUUCAAAUUCCUAGACUUUAUGACAUCUUCAAGACCAACCAGCUAAUGAGCUCGUUCCAGCAGAUUUUGGACAACAUUUUCAAACCGCUGUUCGACGCCACAAACAACCCAAGCCAACAUCCGGAGUUGCACAAGUUCCUCCAGUACGUGAUUGGGUUCGAUUCCGUGGAUGACGAGUCCAAACCGGAGAAUCCACUGUUCGAUGGGGAUGUGACCACGCCGGAUCAGUGGACGGAGGACGAGAACCCACCGUACGCGUACUACAUCUACUACACGUACGCCAACAUGAUGGUGCUGAAUCACUUCCGCUCGGAGCAGGGCAUGAAUACGUUCGUCCUGCGGCCGCAUUGCGGCGAGGCCGGCCCAGUGCAGCAUUUAGUGUGCGGUUAUCUGAUGGCGGAGAACAUCUCCCACGGGUUGCUCCUGAGGAAGGUACCGGUGCUGCAGUAUCUGUACUAUCUCGCACAAAUCGGAAUCGCCAUGUCUCCGCUGUCGAACAAUUCACUGUUCUUGAACUACGACCGCAACCCAUUCCCGGAGUAUCUGGCCCGAGGCUUGAUAGUUUCGCUGUCCACGGAUGAUCCCCUGCAGUUUCACUAUACCAAGGAACCCCUCAUGGAGGAGUACAGCAUCGCGGCCCAGGUGUGGAAGCUGAGCUCGUGCGAUAUGUGUGAACUAGCCCGGAACAGCGUGCUGAUGAGUGGCUUCCCGCACAAGAUGAAACAGCACUGGCUGGGACCGAACUACACUCGCGAGGGUGUCGCCGGGAACGACAUCACCCGGACCAACGUUCCCGACAUUCGGGUUUCGUUCCGGUACGAGUCACUGCUGGACGAGUUGUCCAACAUCUUCAAGGUCAACAACGAACGGACCCUGGCGGCCAUGGCGGCGUUGAACUAAAGGAGCGCUGAUUUCUGUGUAAGACGUGUUUUAUGGAUAAGCAGCAAACGUGAUGUGAACUUGUUUGGCACUGAUUGGAGGUAACCAGAUGUUGUUUCUUUUCUAGUAUAUGAAAUUUAUUUAUUAGUUUCGAGAAUUUAUCAAUUGUUGACGUAAUUUUGCGCGUACUUGCUGAGAAGAGGCAGUACGGUAAGCCAUUAAAAAAAAACAUCAUAUUUAUCAUGUAUUUCUAAUGUAAUGCGUACAAGUCAUUAUAACAAUUCGUAUCGUAUUGUGUACUGUGUCAAGCCAAAUCACAUAACCCUGUAAUCGUUUCAGUAGUGAAUUUCAGCAUUAUGAAUUGGAUUAAUUAAUGGAACUAAUACAUAUAUCUAUUUGGAUUCACCCGUUUGUCACACGAUGCAAGAGAAA